UUUCGCCAAUUGGCGACACAAACACAAUCACAAUCAGAUAAGAUAAGAUUUUCAAACCGCGCUUUGGAGCCUCUCUCUAGAGAGAGAGAGCGAAAGAGAGCUCUUUGUUUGCUCUUCCUUCAAUUUCAAUGUCUUCUUCGUAGAGAGAGAGAGAGUUCUCAGAAGCCCAAUUUGGGCAAUCCACAGAAAUGGGUAUUCACUCCGACGCCCACAUUUGCCAGUGCCUAAGCCGCCUAGCCACCCUCCGCCGCAAUUCGCCGGUCACAAUCUCCGGCCACCGGCGAAAAACCGGCGAACAGUUCGUGGAGGCAAUAUUGGGCCUCGCCCGUGGGCUUCUCGAUCUGGGUCUCCAACCCGGUGACAUUGUUGCCAUCUGUGCACUCAACAGUGAUUGGUUUUUGGAGUGGUUAUUGGCUGUUACAUUUGUUGGAGGGAUAGCUGCUCCUCUCAAUUACAGAUGGAGCUUGGACGAGGCAAGGUUUGCAAUGGAGGUUGUGAAACCGGUAAUGUUGGUGAUUGACGACUGCUCAAGUUACUGGUAUUCAAAGCUCCAGAGAGGUACUAUACCGGUACUGAGAUGGCUUGUUUUCAUGAAUUCCCCUUCAGAUUGCAACAACGAAAGAUUUGUAUUAACUACUGAAACACUUCGAAAGCGUGUUUUAAGAUCUCUGUCAUUCAACUACCUCUGGGCACCUGAGAAUGCCGCAAUAAUAUGCUUCACGUCAGGAACCACAGGACGGCCAAAGGGAGUUACCAUAAGACAUUCAGCUCUGAUUGUACAAUCGCUGGCAAAAAUUGCGAUUGUCAACUAUGGUGAGGAUGAUGUUUAUUUGCAUACAGCUCCAUUAUGCCACAUUGGUGGGAUAUCCUCUGCCAUGGCCAUGUUAAUGGUAGGAGGUUGCCAUGUCUUGAUACCCAAGUUUGAAGCUAACUCGGCACUCAAAGCCAUAGAGCAACUCCAUGUGACUUCUUUUAUAACUGUCCCUGCAAUAAUGGCUGAUAUUGUUUCCUUAAUCAGUCAAUUUUCUCAGUUAUGUUUAAAUUUUUUUUUUUGCAACAUAAUGUUAAACAUGCCUAAUUUAGCAUUAUCACAAUUCUUUGCUCAUAUUUCCAUGCAAUGUUUUGAAGGAAUGACAGAGACAUGUUCUUCACUAACCUUUAUGACCCUCUAUGAUCCAACAACCGAUAACUCGAGCCAUUCAUUUCACGUAACCUGUAAUAUUGAUUCCAGUUUGGUUCACCAACCAAAGGGUGUUUGUGUUGGCAAGGCUGCACCACAUGUCGAACUAAGGAUUAGCUCAGAGGAUUGUUCCCACGUUGGGCGGAUAUUGACUAGGGGUCCCCAUGUAAUGCUUGGAUAUUGGGGUCAAAUUCCACUAGAGGCAUUGAGUGCCGGUGAUGACAGUUGGAUUGACACGGGAGACGUUGGGUGGAUCGAUGACUUUGGUAACGUAUGGCUAGUUGGGCGAUCUAAGGGAAGAAUCAAGAGUGGAGGAGAGAAUGUUUACCCUGAAGAGGUGGAGGCUAUCCUAUCCCAACAUCUGGGAGUUUCUGGCAUUGUAGUGGUUGGACUUCCAGACGCUCGUUUGACAGAGGUGGUGGUUGCUUGUUUGCAAAUACGGGACAAUUGGAGAUGGGCUGAUUCAUGUUCUGAUCACUUAGCUGGAAAGAAAGACCAAACCUUAUCCACUCAAAUUCUUCGGCAAUUCUGCAGAAAAAUGAAUUUGACUGGGUUUAAAAUACCAAAAAGUUUUGUUAUAUGGAAGAAGCAGUUUCCAUUGACUAGUACUGGGAAAUUGAGAAGAGAUGAAAUUAGAAGAGAAGUUAUGUCUUCUUCGCAAAUCCUGCCUAGCAAUCUAUAACUACCAAAAAUGUUUGUUCUUCUUCUUUUUAUUUUUUUAUUUUUUGAAAUUUUGGUUCAUGUAUCUUCAAGACUUUGUUGAAGGAAAUAUGGGGUGAAAACCAAAUUAGACAGCAAUUUAAAUUCCUUGUUUUGCAGAUUGUGUAGCUUUCUACAACUUUAUGCCAAUUUUUUAUGCAGAAUGAUGUUGCUUA